AUGGUGACUCGAGCUAAAGCAGGUAUUACAAAACUUAUACAAAAGUUAUGUCUAACAACCACUAAGUAUCCUUUGCUUGAUGAGGACUUUAUGGAACCCACUUGCUACUCAAAGGCAUGCAAGAUACCUGAAUCGAGGGAUGCAAUCAUGGACACACAGAUUAAUGCACUUAUCCGUAAUAGAACUUAUUCACUAGUGAAGUAUAUAGAUGGCAUGAAUGUUGUUGGCUCUAAAUGGGUUUACCGAAUUAAACGAAACCCCCAUGGAACUUUACAGCGUCGCAAAGCACGGCUUGUGCUCUCCCUGGCUGUAAUGAAUAAUUGGCAGUUGCGUCAGCUAGAUGUUGAAAACGCUUUUCUGCAUGGUGUUUUGGAAGAGGAAGUGUACAUAAACAGCCUGCCGGCUAUGUGGAUCCGAACUACCCUGAUCAUGUAUGCAAGUUGCAUAAAUCCUAUAUGGACUCAAGCAGGCACCGCGUGCAUGUUGGUAAUAGAUUUGGGUGCUGCUUUUGUUGUCAAAGAUAUGAGUGCUUUGUCUUACUUUCUGGGUGUUGAGGUACUGAAGCAGGGAAAUAAUCUGGUACUAUCUCAAAGAAAAUAUAUAUCAUAUUUUCUUCAUCGCACAACGCUGGAUCGCAUUAAACCUGUCUGCACUCCUCUAGAAGCAAAUACAAAACUUCAGCGUCAAGGUACUGAAAAUUUCUUAGAUCCUACGCUAUACGGGAGUGUCGUAGGGGCAUUGCAGUAUCUACAUAUUACUAUACCUGACAUUGUAGUGGCCGUAAACAAGGCUUGUCAGUAUAUGCAUGAGCCAUAUCUUGAACAUUGGGUGAAGCGUAUCUUGCGAUUCUUGAAGCAAACUAUUGAUUAUGGGUUGUUUUUCAAACCUGACAAAGAUUACUCUCUUAAUGCUUAUUCUGAUGCAGAUUGGGAAGGAAGUUUAGAUGAUCGCAGGUCAACUAGUGGUUACUGCAUCUACUUUGGGGACAAUCUAAUUUCUUGGAGUGCAAAAGAGCAAAAGACUGUUCUGAAGUCUAGCACCGAAUCAGAAUAUCGUGGAAUAGCUAUUGCUACUUCAGAACUCAUAUGGAUCCAAUCAUUGUUGAAGUAA